GAUGGCCGACCAGAGAUACUUUCACACCCACUCGAGAGAAGUCACUUUGUAGUUAUCAUUCUAGACACCAGAAUGAGCUUCCAUGUGUUGACUGUCAGGUUUGUCGCCGACAAGAACUGUUUUGUUGCCCUCGCGCCAGAUGUUAGCAAAGCUGCAUCAAAAAAUGGAGAGGUCAGUGUAUUUGAGUUGACUUUUGGAGAUGAUUCAAAAGUGUUUGUAAGCUGGUCAGGGGAGAUAAUCCGAACCAACACUGGAACAGAUGGUGUACUGCAAAUCAACGGACUGUACGGGAGCAAGCUGGGAUUGAAGGAUGGAGAUCAGGUAAUUGUACGCCACAUCCCCGGUGUCCAUGGUGCCACACGAGUUGGAGUGGAGCCAUUGUCAACUGACGACUGGGAGAUACUUGAGCGACAUGCAGGCUACAUAGAAAGUCACCUGCUGGACCAGGUUAGAGUUGUAUGGAAAAGUCAGAUCUUACCUGUGUGGGUGGAGAAAUCUACCUGUGUCUUCCUUAAAAUAGGUACAGUUGACCCUGACAGAAGCUGUGUGAUUCUGAAAAAUGAGACCGAGGUGAUUGUGUCGCCAAAGGUCAGAAAUACUGGAAACAUGGGCAUGACAACCAGCGGAACGUCAACCAAAUCCAGUCAAUCACGCGAGUCCUUCAAAGGUCAUUUCAAAAGGUUAUCUAGCACCAGUGGCAUCAGCGAGGACAGUAAACAAAGCUCAAAAGCAGGAAGUCGACGAGACUCUUCCGAUGGAGGGGGGCCAUCGUCGUCAUCAGAAAAUGGAUCACCAUCUCGAUGGGGCUGGAAGGAGCUUGUACCUUGGAUACUCGGGGUACAGAAAAUUAACGCAAAGUUACAAAGCCUCUCUGCAAAUCUAGAUCGUACAGACUUAGGACAAAAACCAGACAAGUUCCCAGUGGGUAUCAACAUUGUACUGCGUGUUCAGUCUCUCAAGGUGACUUAUGAUAUACUGGCUAAAAGUUUAAAGGACAGUUUCAAAGAUGAAUUGUCAGACUCAAACGAAAAAUCCCUGUUUCUUCAGCAGCCUGCUACAGUAUUUGUUAAUUACAAAGAUAUACAUGAUCAAACUGACAGAGAACUUACUGAAAUUCCGACAUUUUUCUAUGCAAGAUUGUCAAAACUGAACUCGCCAAAGGAGGAACUGGAAAAGGCUACUACCCCGAAAAAGGAAAAAGAUGAAGAACCUGUGGAUAGUAAAAAACUUCAGAAAAAAUUGAGUGGAUCAACAAAUUCAAUGUCAUCAAGCGGACGAUCAGAUAAAGAGAGUAAGCUUCUGAGCUGUUAUGUCAGAGUGGUGGUCAUCGAUGAUAAAAAGAUGAGUUGCGAUAAAAACUACGAACAUAUGAUCUUGACGCUCUUAAAAGAGCAGCAGUGUAUACCUGGUCAUGUGAUUGUCAAUGGUUUGUUACGACGGCUUCUGGAACUUGACGUGACAAGGAGGGUGUGGCUACAGACUGUCGCUCUGCCCCAGUCUAGUAACGCCCCCUACCAGCUAUAUCCUGUCGGAUCUGUGCCAACUCAGAUGUCUGGGUUUAUGAUUGUGAAGGCAUUUAUCAAUUGGUUGAAGUAUGCCUCAGACAAAAAAAUGCCUCUGGUUGUCUUCCCGGGACUAAUGGUGAAAAUACCUCUUUUUCAUUCGGUAGCCAUGGAGUUCCAAGUGACCUACACAGACAGUGCCGACCAGCCAAUGACUGAUGGUUUCCGGCUGCUGACCACCGAGGACACAGAACGGGUGUCCAUCUCGGCCAGUACCAAUUAUAAGACUACCAUCGACACCAAGCUGCCCUUUCGACCCAUGCUCCUCUACUCUGACAUGUGUCGGGACGUGGCAGAUUUUGAUCCCUCUGUACCCACUAAAAUGCUGCAGAAUUUAGGAGGAUUUACUGAUUAUGCAGAGCAGGCCAUACGUCAUAUAGAGAUCUGUUUGGGAAAUAGGCCAUUAAGUCAGAAAAUGUUUAAGGUGACCCACCCUGGAAUCAGGAAUGGAAUGCUCCUAAUCACAGGGUCUAAAGGUUGUGGGAAGAGUUCACUGGCACGUGCCAUUUGCAGGAGGGUAGCAGAGGUGCCUAAUCUUGCCUUUCUCCUGCAUGUGGAUUGUAAGCCACUUAGAGGAAAAUCCCCUGACAACAUUCUGAAGCACCUGACUGUUUUGUUUGAGGAGGUCAUCUGGCGCCAGCCAGCACUUAUCUUGUUUGACGACCUUGAUCAUGUGAUGCCAGCCCCGUCCGGGCCUGAGGCUGAGAUGAGUGCAGAAAGUAUCUAUGGGGCAAGGGUUGCUGAAGUGUUACGAGACUUGCUACGGAAAGAAAUCAGUAAUGGGAGCCGUAUAGCUGUCGUAGCCACCAGCCAAUCACGUAACUCAUUACAUCCUCUGCUGACUUCAUCCCGAGGAACACACUUUGUCCAGACCGUCAUUAACAUAUGUCCCCUUGACAAGGAAAAAAGAAAAGACGUUUUGAAGACUAUCAUCAGGACACGUGUUUCUGAAGCUACACUGGAUAAGUUGGACUGGGAUUGGUUGCUAUGUAAGACAGAAGGAUUUGUUGCUAAGGACCUUGACACCCUUGUAAGCAGAGCCAUCCAUGCCUCCACCCUACAUGGUCGGAAGGAUGUGUUCCAUACUGAUCACUGUGACGAAGACUUCCACCUAGAGAUGGUUGACUUCAAACAAUCAAUCUUAGGGUUUACUCCCGCUUCUAUACGCAACGUUCCCCUCCAUACUGUGGGCGAGCUGGGCUGGGAUGACGUAGGAGGUCUCACAGAGGUCAAGGCCACUCUAAAGGAGACACUCCUCCUGCCUAGUAAGUAUUCAGAAUUGUUUGCAUCCUGUCCACUGAGGCUGCGGUCCGGACUGUUGUUGUAUGGAGCUCCGGGAACAGGAAAAACUCUGUUAGCUGGAGUCGUGGCUAAUGAGUGCAGCCUCAACUUUAUCAGUAUUAAGGGUCCUGAACUACUCAGCAAGUACAUAGGAGCCAGUGAGCAGGCCGUGAGAGACACGUUCAUCAGGGCUCAAAGUGCCAAGCCCUGUAUACUGUUCUUUGAUGAGUUUGACUCCAUAGCUCCAAGGCGUGGUCAUGACAACACAGGUGUGACUGACCGAGUGGUUAACCAGCUUCUGACCCAGUUAGAUGGUGUGGAAGGACUGGACGGUGUAUAUGUGUUGGCUGCGACCAGUCGUCCUGAUCUCAUUGACCCCGCCCUCCUCCGCCCAGGACGUCUGGACAAGUGUCUUCAGUGCCAGUUACCAAACAAGGAGGACAGGUUAAAGAUAUUGCAAGCUUUGACUAGGAAUAUUACUCUCGGUCCAGAUGUAAAUCUACAAUAUUUUGCAGAUGAAUGUGAACAUUUCUCUGGAGCAGACCUGAAAGCUCUUCUCUAUAAUGCUCAACUUGAAGCUAUACAUGAAAUUACGGGUCGUCUUGUAAAGGGAGAUAGCCAGGGUUCAUCACCAAAAAAAGCAAAAAGUGACUCGGCUCUACGCUCUCAACUUGAUGCUCACCAUAAAAAAAUUGACCUUCAGAUUGCUAGUGUGGCCUCGAGAGACAGGCGGCCAUCUUGGAGUUCCUUAGUAACAUAUAUACCCAAGCUUGAGGAAGGUAUAGCAGAAGUCAGCGAGGAACUGGAAGAGAAGUUGAAUUUUCAGGUGGAUCAAAUCAAAGCGAGGCUGAAGGUGAACAAGUCGCUGGAACGUGUCAGCACGGCAGAAACCUUGUUCUCGCCUGUCGCCACCUCCAAGUCGCCGAUGGUCCUGAUCAGUCGAGCACAUCUGACGACUGCUCUUACCAAAACGAGGUCGUCUGUAUCGGAAGAAGAGCGAAACAAAUACCAAAGAAUAUACAAUAAUUUUACGGGAUCACGUGGCGGAAACUUCGGCCAAAAGAUACCUGACCUGGCACAAAUACAGACACUGGCAUAACAAAGGGGAUGGAAUAUUGGAUCUGGGGGAUUUCUGUGAGGAAAGCAAUAAUGUGUCGGAAGAUCAGAACUGGAGCACUGUGGGACAUGAGAACCAACCAGAGGAAUUUAAGCUGAAAAAUUGAAAACUGGAGGGAGAUUUUUGUGAGGGGCACAAGAAUUGAGGAUGUUUUUUGAUAUAUAAAAACAAAAAAGGUAAUGACUUAAAUGAACUUGAGGGACCUGGCUAAUAAUUUUGUGAUAAACAAGAGAACAAGUUUAUAUACAAAUCAGAAGCUGUGAAAAUUGUCUGUAUUACAGCCUAUGUACUUUGGUGUGUCAAAUGAAAAGUGCAGUAAAUAUACUCAUUUACUCCUUACUGUAUAGUAGUUAAACUCAAUUAUUUGUGUUUUGUGCUGACUUUAUAGGAGUGAGGAGUAAUAUACAUUGAUCUACAAGGCUCAAUGAUGAUGGCGUUGUGAAUUAAAAGGAAUUUGCAAAAACAAAUUGUCAGUUUUGUGAACGUGUGUAUAAUGUUUGUUAACUGCUAAUACAUAACCAAAUGUCAGAGAGUGCUGAGGUUAUGAAAGUUCAAUGAUGUCUAAUUCUCAAAACUGUCAGGUAGGGAAAAUCAGAUGUUUUAUGAUUGACUUGUAAUUAUUAGUACCAUUGGAUUAUCAUGGAGAUUCAAUUCUUAAAACCCUACCAAAUUUAGUUGGUGUUCAUAUAAGGAUUGAAUGGAAUAUUUUCAAUUUCAUGCUGGUAUGAUUGCAAAUCGGUUACAUCCAUAUUCCAUGCCAUAGGCUUCAUGGUAAAGAUUUAUGUAACUGAUUGUGUUCAUACCGCAUGAACAUUGAAAAAAUGCUGUCAAUCCUUAUAUUUACAUAUUUUUUUAUUUUUUUUUUACCAAAAUACAGAUAUUCCCUUAUAUUUCUGAUAUUGAAGUGCUUAUGUUGUCAGUACAAACGAGAUUCCUGAAACAGUCAUCAAAAUGUUUGCUUCUAGUGGUUGUCUCAUGUUAUUCAAGGCGGGAGGAGAAGCUUCAAAAUGAUGCUGAUCCAAUUGCAUUCAUAGCCCCGUGAAUGCAGUUUCUUAUGGUAAUUGCUAAUGCUCAUUGACGAACUUGCAGUGGAAAUGUAAAUAUAUGAUAGUUUGUCCAGUGCUACAAUUGUAUUUACAUCUACAGUGAAACUCUUGCACAGUAAUAUAUUCUACCUUCACUGGGUCAUAUUCAUGUUUUCAUUUUUACUCUUCAUUGGGUCAAAUGCAUAAUAAUUUGUGGGCUUCAGUAUUGAUUUUGCCCUACACUGGUCAAAAUCAUUUUCAUCUAAGUGUUAAUUUUGCUCUUUACAGGGUCAACAUUAUAUUCAUCCAGUACUUAUUUUGCUCUUUACUGAGCUAAAUUCAUAUUUCCUGAAAUAUAUUUUUAAGCCAUUUUGUCAUGUUACAAUAGCAUAGCUGUCAAACCUCCCUCAUUAGGAGGGAGACUUCCUGAUUUUGACCAACAUUUACCAAUCUCCCUCAAAACUUCCGGAUUCAAGUCAAAACUCACAUAAACUCAAAAUCAACAUCCUGUGAUUAAAUGAUCUCCUAGUAACUACAGGGUGUGUGCAACAGGUGUGUCUGAAUCAAAAGAUCUCCUAGUAACUACAGGGUGUGAGCAACAGGUGUGUCUGAAUCAAAUGAUCUCCUAGUAACUACAGGGUGUGUGCAACAGGUGUGUCUGAAUCAAAUGAUC